UAGACUCUUUUCAACCUCGUUCUUUCCAUCGCGGUAUAAUGCGAUCUCAUUACUUCUCGCAAAUUCUCGCUGAAUUCGGUCUUUCGUUCGCCAUCAAUCCAACAUGUCGGUGUUGAAGCAUCGUAAGAAGACUAGAAAGCUUCGUGGUCACGUCAGUCAUGGCCAUGGGCGCAUCGGCAAGCACCGUAAGCAUCCCGGUGGCCGUGGUAACGCUGGUGGACAGCAUCACCAUAGGAUCAACUUUGAUAAAUACCAUCCGGGUUACUUUGGUAAAGUGGGCAUGAGGCACUUUCACAUGACAAAGAACAAGUACUUCAAGCCGGCCAUCAACGUGGACAAGAUCUGGUCACUGGUCAGCGAGCAGACCAGAACACACUACGCCAAGAACACCGAAAAGGCACCGGUCAUUGAUGUUGUCCAAGCUGGCUACUACAAAGUCUUGGGCAAGGGUCUUAUUCCGAAUCAACCCGUCAUCGUCAAAGCCAAGUUCUUCAGCAGAGUUGCCGAGGUCAAGAUUAAGAAGGCUGGGGGCUGCUGCGUGCUUGUUGCUUGAAUAGAGGUCGGAGGUCACAGACACCAAGAAAUCAUGAGGUUGGAGGGAACAACUGAGAAAUAACUGCCAAAAGAAGUUCGCAAAUGUUGCUUAACUAAGCAGCAUGUUCCUUCCAUCGAGACAAGUAGACAACACAUAUAUACUCAAAGAAAUAUAAUUUACAUACAAGUAUCUGUCUUUUCAACCUCAAACCACCAAAAUGCUGCAGUGUAUCUUCUUCCAUUGUUGAAUCGCAGAAUUUGUGAGUUUUGAACAAGACCUAAACGGAAAGGACUAUUUUUCCCUCAGGUUAGAAGUGACAGCAUUUUGGUGGUUUAAUGUUUUCUGGGUACCCAAGUCGUUGGAUGUUUGUUUUGGUUGGAUAAUAAAAGAUUUAAAUUAAACAC